AUGACGAACACCGUCCCCAACGUAGCCAUAUUCGUCAAUGGCAAAGACGUGCCGGCGUCGUCGUCGUUCCCAGUCCGUAGCCCACUGACACGAGAGGUCGUUUAUACCUGCUCGUCAGCCACUGUUGAAAACGCUCGCCAUGCAGUCUGCGCUGCUGAUGAAGCAUUUAAAUCUUGGUCGAAAAGCAACCCUGCACAAAGAAGAAACAUUCUGAACAAAGCUGCGGAUAUCCUACUGUCCAAGGCAUCGACCGCUCAUGAGCUCAUGUCCAACGAGGUUAGCGCCUCCACAAUAUGGAGGGCUGCCAAUAUCCUUGGAUCCGCUGCCUUUAUCAGAGAGGCAGCGGCCAUUGUGACUCAGGUUAAGGGCGAGGUUCUGCCCUCGGACCGGCCAGGAACCACAACCUUGAUCUUUCGUGAACCAGCGGGAGUCGUCUUCUCCGUUGUUCCAUGGAAUGCGCCACUCAACUUGGCGCUACGGGGUAUCUGCAUCCCUAUAGCCUGCGGCAACACCGUCAUCCUGAAGCCAAGCGAAUACACACCUGCCUCGCAAAGACUGGUUGUGGAUGCCUUCACCGAAGCCGGACUACCACCGGGCGUGCUCAACUUCCUUCCCACAUCCGCUGCCGACUCAGCGUCGGUAUCAGAGUACUGCGUCAAAGCCAAACAAGUCCGGCGGGUGAACUUCACGGGAUCCUCACCCGUUGGCAAGAUCUUUGCGGGCUGGGCUGCGGAAGAGCUGAAACAGUGCAUCUUUGAGCUCGGGGGCAAGGCCAACGUGGUGGUUUUUGAGGAUGCCAGCAUCGACGAUGCCGCCAAGGCGGUUGUUUUCGGGGGUUUGAUCAACUCUGGACAGGUCUGCAUGUCAUCGGAAAGGAUCCUGCUACACAGCUCCAUCGCUGCGUCUUUUACGGAAAAGCUGCUUACCGCAAUCAAGAAGCUCAAAGUUGGCAAUCAUCUGAAGGACAACUCGGUUCACUUGUCCGGCCUCUUUUGCGAAGCUUCAGCGCAAAGAGUGCUUGGGUUGAUCAAAUCGGCGGCGGCAUCCGGCGCUCAGGUGCUGCUAGGAGACCAGACUAUUACUGAUCACACCGUACUCCAGCCUCACAUUCUGUCGAAUGUGAACCCGUCCAUGCCGAUAUGGCAAGAAGAGACAUUUGGGCCUGUGGUUACGCUUACGACCUUUAAUUCCGAAGACGAGGCGCUUCGACUGGCACUCGAUACUGACACCUCGCUCACCGCCUCCGUCUUCAGUGUAGAUGUCUCGCGUGCAAUGCGGUUCGGUCGCCAGCUUCACACUGGAGCCCUCCACAUCAACGGACCGACGGUCUAUAUUGAACCCUCGUUACCCAACGGAGGCACGGGUGGUCCCAGUGGGUACGGGAGAUUUGGAGGGACUACAGGCAUUAGGGAGUUCACGGAUGAACGGAUAAUUACUAUCAACGAGCCUGGGCAGAAAUAUCCUCUAGUUCAAUAG